AUGACUUCAGUGAAAGGACCAGGAAAACGACUAGAUCUCAAUGGGUCCGAACUUCGUAUAGGUGUUGUACAUGCGCGUUGGAAUACAGCAAUAAUUGACCCAUUAUUGCAUGGUGUCUUGUCAAGCCUCGAUGACGCGGGUGUUGCGCGCCAUAAUAUAAUUGUCAAAUCCGUGCCAGGCAGUUGGGAGUUGCCCAUAGCCUGCUCCCUAGUCGAAAGGCAGGCUAGAGAAAACUUCACCGAACUCGAUGCUCUCAUCGCCAUUGGAGUCCUGAUCAAAGGCGAAACAAUGCACUUUGAGUAUAUAGCUGAAGCUGUUUCAUCAGGUCUGAUGAGAGUCCAGCUAGAUUCAAAAGUGCCUGUUAUAUUUGGUCUUUUGACUGUUUUGAACGAGGAACAGGCCAAAGAAAGGGCUGGAAUUACACAGGGUAGUCACAACCAUGGCGAAGACUGGGGAAAAGCAGCCGUGGAAAUGGGCAGAAUAAAAAGUAAAAAUUAA